AUGCCCUCAUUGCAGCGCCAGAAACUGCGUGCAUCCAGCACCGACAGGCCACAGGUUCCAAAGGAAGAUAUUAUUCUAAGUCAAAUUCUGCACACUGCUGGGGAAAAUGACUGUUGGGCAGAGGGAGGGGAGGGCUUGGAGAGCCUUUUGGAUUCAUUCUCCUUUCCCAAACUUUGUCAUGACUUUGCCCAGCCCAUAAGCCUCCAGAGGCCUGGCCUGUUGUCCCAUGGAAUGAACUCUAUUUCCGUGGGGCACCUGGCCCAUUGUUUUCUGCUCUCUCAUCUCCUAAGGGCCCCCAGAGUCUAUCACUACAUUGUUAACACCGGCCCUGAAAUUUAG